AUGGAACUGCUGGCCGAGGCGGAUGCAGUGACCUUUGAUGUUGACAGCACCUUCUGCGCUGACGAAUCCAUCGACGAGAUUGCAGCCUUCCUGGGCGUGGGGGAGCAGGUCGCAGAGCUUACAAGGCAGGCCAUGGGCGGCAGCGUUUCGUUCCAGGACGCCCUGGCAGCGCGGCUGGGGGUAAUGCAGCCCUCACGCGAUGACAUGCGGCGCUUCCUGGAGCAGCACCCGCCGCAGAUCAGUCCGGGCAUCCCGGAGCUGGUGCAGCUGCUGAAGGGGCAGGGCAAGGAGGUGUUCCUGGUGUCGGGAGGCUUCCGCGCCGUCAUCCACCCCAUCGCCGAGAUGCUGGGCAUCCCUGUCAGUCACGUCUUCGCCAACACCAUCCUGUUCAAUGAGGAUGGCAGCUACGCCGGGUUUGACACAAACGAGUUCCCCAGCCGGAGCGGCGGCAAGGCGGAGGCUGUGAAGCAUAUCAAGAAGACCCAUGACUAUCAGACUGUGAUCAUGGUGGGCGAUGGCAUCACCGAUUUUGAGGCGCGGGCGCCCGGCGGCGCCGACGCAUUCAUCGGGUACGGCGGCGUGGUGUACCGCGAGAAUGUGGCCCGCCUGUCCGACUGGUACGUGUUUGCCAUCCCGGCCAUCACCGCCGCCCUGAAGCAGGUGCUGGGCCUGGCGACUUCCUCCUCCCUCUCCUCCUCGGCUUGGUCGACAAUCGAGGAGAUGCAGGUCACUGCAGGCGACCUCACCCAGGUCACAUCAGGCGACCUCAGCCAGUAG